AUGGAGCCCCGAGCCGAACAUCAUGUGUCCAACAUUGGGCCGCUCAGUGUCGGCAUCAGCUGGUUUCUCACCUCUGUGGCCAUCAUAUUCGUUUUACUUCGAUUCUAUUUGCGUUGGAAGGCAUCCAAAGGAUGGGCUUCUCCCGACUGGAUCAUUCUCGCAGCCCUAGCGUUCCAAAUCGCUUAUCAAGCUGGCUUCACAGCCAUGUGUAACGCCGGCCUCGGCAAGCUCACGAAAGAUGUCCCGCCGGCUAACUUGGUGCAAAUUGCGAAACUGAACUGGAUAUUUGCUCCCCUAGCUCACCCUGCGUCGUUGUUGGCGCGAGUGUCGAUCGCGAUCCUGCUUGCUCGCAUCUUUAGCAGCAGAAAAUGGUUCAGACGAUACGCUAUCACGGCUACGACGAUCCAGACAAUUUUGGGUAUCGCUGUGUUUAUUAUAAACUUGGCGCAGUCGAUUCCAUACGCGGCGCUAUGGGAUAAGUCAAUUGUUGGUGCCAGGAAAUGGGAUCCUCAGAUUUACCAUUGGGCCGCGGUAAUCCUACAAGUGAUUUACACGAUCUGGGACUUUACAUUUGUCUUGUUCCCCGUGAUGAUGAUCUGGAAAUUGAACAUGAACUGGCGCCGAAAACUUGCCAUCAUGGUGCUGAUUGCGAUGUCGCUCAUCACCAUGGCGGCUGCAGCUUCCAAGAUGGUCAUCUCACUACUGUUCACGAUCGAUGCGACCGACAGUCUCGAUAGCAUACGGGGCACCCACGUCAUUGAUUUCACGACUUGUCUCGAGCAGGCUUUGGUCAUCAUCAUGGGAUGCGUUCCGACCGUACGGUUGAUUUCGGGGCUUAAUCUGCCGUCGGUGAGGCAGAUUGGCAACUCCCUCGUUAGUCUCAUCACCCGAAGUCGUUCAAAAGGUUCUACAACCGGGGGAUCAAACUCUCGGCGUUCUGAGUCGACCGAAAAUUUGGAACUAGGGAUCCAGCACAAAAAUGCAGAUGCAGUCUAUCCUUAUGGCGUCAAAACUGCAUCGGCUGUGGUAGCGGCGCCCCAGGGAGCGCAAGGUCCAACCUUUCAGCAUUCGGAUGACCAGGUCCACCGCACCAACAGCUACUCAAUUACUUACCAGAGUGGAGCUGGGCACUGA